AAAAUCUAAGUUUUAUGAAUUUAAUUAUGUGUUGAUCUGUCUACAGAAUUAUGGCUGUAUGGACAUGGUGGCUACAGAUUUAGCAGGUUGGCCUUGCAGCCUUGAGAAAUAAGAAAAAAUUAUUUGUUAUAUUUUCUGUCGGUAUGAAAAAAUAAGUCAUAGAACUGAAUAUAUUUCAUGGAUUUGCCAAGGAAUUUAUCAUCCAGUACACCUAAAUCAUUAUGCAAUAUUAACAACAAAAUGCCUCCUUCAAAAAGAAGAGCCUUCGAGUCUCCUUUGUCAAGUUAUACUGGCGUUGUACCGAUCACACCCAUGCCAGAUUUUAAUGAGAUGAACACACCUGAAAUUCAACGGCGUGCAGAGAAGUUUGGAAUUAAAAAACGUUUGGCAAAAACUAAAUUAAGAACUAAGUUGAAAGAAGCAUACCUUUACACACAUCAAAUCUAUUCACCUACUGAAAAUACGGUUAAUCAAAAGACUGGUAAUUGUGAUGGUAGUUCCACACCAAUAAGUUCAAAGUCAAGAGCUCAAAAUGAAUAUAUUAUUCCUAUCAUAAACAAAUCUGCGAAAACCCAAGCAAAUGGCAAAUCGUCUGCCAGUGAUUCUUUAAUAGUAUUGGAUGAAAGUGGUGACUUGGAAUCGGAGAAUAUAAAUCAUGAUCCUGGCGACGAUGGUGAAAAUUCCAUAUUGCAUUGUAUUUCUUCUAGUCCUUCCAUCAGUAACCCACUUCCAAGUCCAGUGGUUAACCAAAAGUUUAAUAAUUCCGUUGCAAAUCCUUCAAACGACUUUACAAAUAACAUUGAAGCUGGCCAAAUUGGUAAAAGCCAUAGAGCUAGUUUUGAUUUAGCGACAAAUGAAAAUUUUAAUGACAGUCGUUCUGACUUUCCUAAUAUCGGAAAUGAUUCGUAUGAUUUAAACUUGUCUGGAGUUGUGCAGAUGGGGCAUGAUUUUCCACAUGAAGAUUCUGGCUGUAAUUUAAAGAAGAAAUCAAACGACAAUUUUAGUGACUUUGCAAGCAGUUCUCAAUUGCAAGAAAGUUAUGUUGUUUCUCCAUUGAAAUACACACCGAUAAAAAACAGUGUUCCCUCUGAACCAUGUGCGAUUAUUUCAUUACUUGAUUCCAGUAGAGAAAGUGAACAUACAGAAAGUACUAGUAUGCUUGUGAUUGACAGAAUAAAGUGCAAUGAAGUGGAAAAUAUCACAGACAGAAAACGUUUUCCUUUUGCUCUACGGCAUAAUAACAUAAAUAAAGCAGAAAUUCUGGCCAAUGAUUCUGAUGAUGUAUCUACAUUGGAUGAUAAUCCUGAUGCCAGUGGAGUAAUGUGUUAUAAUGAUGGAAAUUCACAAACAAACUUUGACCUUAAAGUGAAUGCAAAAGAUUCAAACAGCAAUCUCAUCAUAGAUGUCAACAGGGAUGAAGUCAUUUCUCUUCCAAGUGAUGAAAGUGUAACUGAACGUGAUGAUGCAAUGCCUGAUGAGAACCAUGAGCUGGACGCAUAUACAAGCCAAGAUUCACCAAAUUCUUCGAUGAAACAUGAAUAUUUUGACUCUCAGGAAGACGUUGGAAGUGAUCAAGAUGAAUUGCAUCGAUCAUUAUUUCAAUCAGUUUACAAUGAAUUGUCUUCUGAGAGCGGAGAAGAAGAAGAAUGUAUGAGCUUGAUGCAGAGAAUUAUGAAAAAGAACCAGCCUGAGAAUUCAUAUCUUGGGAAUUCGGAGAAAACUGGAGACAAGGAUUUUAUUCAUCAGUCACCUAUGCCACUACAACAAAAUAGUUCUGUUGAUUCAGGAACUUUGCCUGAAUCGAUGAUAAAAACAAAAGACUCAAUCAAUACGAAUGUUUCAUGUUCAUUGGAUUAUCCAAGGCAGAAAGAAUUUGAUAAGAUGGAUGAGAAUUUGUCAACGAAAAGAUCGAAACCUAAAAAAGUUGACUUUGUCAGUACGAAGACUGGAAAAAUAUUGUCUGAAAAGCAACCAAAACCUGGUAAAAAGAUUAAACUUACUGAUGAAGAAAGAACUUCAGCGAUAUUAAAAGCAAUUCGCUCGAAUAAAGAAAUAUAUCAUUCAAUAUUGCAAUAUACACCUGUGUAUUUAAGCCAGUUUAAACAACUGAUGGUGGAAAAUAACAUUAAAGUGAAAUCAUCCGAUUUGUAUGAUUUUCUUGAUAGUCGUGGAAUUACUUUUUCUACUGCGGAUGAGAAUAAAACUAAGGCUGUAAGGAUUCCUAAAAAGAAGAAAAAGGCUUGAUUCAGCAUGUUGAUAUUUAUCCUGGAAAAAGGAAGGGCGAUAUGAUCCUAGUCUGUGUAAGUUGUAUUUUAGGUUGCCACGCCACAGACUUUUAUGAUAUGGGGACGUCAACGAAUCUUUACGUUUUCUCGCUCACUCGAUUUGACGGCAUGCUUUUUGCGCUUGUCCUGUGCGGUCAAGUGUAACAUUGUGUGUAACACUUACAUGACUGCCAGUCUAGGUGGGAAAAAAUUUUGGGCCCUGGCCCGUAAACGAUCAGUGGUUAUAUAGAUCACCUUUAGCCCACUAGUAUUUCUCUCAGAUUCCAAAAUAUGCUAUGCCUCGUAUCCUCGUUUAUGAAGAAUUCGUAUAAAAUGUAAUACAACUAGUACAUGGCUCUGUACUAGAGCUGCUAAUACAUAAGGAGUUAUUAUAGUUUUAAAGCGACAGAAUCUUUCAAGUUUGGCUCGAUUUAUUACACACUGUAUAACAGUGGUUCUCAAACUUUUCAAGUUGCGCCUCAUUACUUAUCGAUCUUGAUCGGUAAGUAUGUUGAUAGGUAUUUGUCUGUCUGUAAGAUGCACGUGAUAUCUCACGGAAGCGAGGUUGA